AUGUUGAUCCAUACCUACUCGGCCAUGGAGCGCGCGGACGGCCUCGGCGGUUCUUCUCCGGGCUCGGCCCGCCUGGCCCAGCUGUCCUCCCUGAACCAGGCCUCCUUCUCCUCCGCGCCACCGCUCUGCCACGCGCCGGCAUCGGACUUCCAGCCUCCGUACUUCCCGCCGCCCUACCCGCAGUCCUCCCUGCCGUACUCCCAGAACCAGGACCCGGCCUACGCGCACCUGUCGGAGCCCUACCCCCCCAUCGGCCCCAUGCACCAGCACCAGCAGGCCGCGUGGCACGCGCAGAGGGCGCGCUCGGAGGAGGGGGGGUUGCUGGCCCCAGCCCACCGGGCUCUGAGCCUGGACCCCCGGCGGGACUACCCGGCCGUCCCGCGGCUCCUGCACGGCCUGGGGGAGGGGGCCGCGGCCCUGGGGGAGGGGGCCCUGGGGAUGCACCUGGGCCACCACGGCCUGGACGAGCUGCAGGGGAUGGAGGAAGGAUCGGCCCUGGGCAUCCUCGACCACUCUGUCAUUAAAAAAGUUCCCGUCCCGUCGAAGCUCAACGGCUCCUCCAUGUCGGCGCUGGCCUUCGCUAAGGACGGUCUGGGUGUCGGCGCCGUGUCCAACCCUGCUGAGGUCUUCUGCUCGGUUCCGGGUCGCCUGUCGUUGCUCAGCUCCACCUCCAAGUACAAGGUGACGGUGGGGGAGGUGCAGCGCCGCCUGUCGCCCCCCGAGUGCCUCAACGCUUCUCUUCUGGGAGGAGUCCUGCGCAGGGCCAAGUCAAAGAAUGGUGGCCGCUGUCUCAGAGAGCGUCUGGAGAAGAUUGGCCUCAAUCUGCCCGCCGGGCGACGCAAGGCUGCUAACGUCACUCUGCUGACAUCCCUGGUGGAGGGUGAGGCCGUCCACCUGGCACGAGACUUUGGUUACGUUUGUGAGACAGAAUUUCCAUCCAGAGCGACAGCAGAGUAUCUGUGCCGGCAGAGCGAUCCAGAGCAGCUGCCGACCCGACGCAGCAUGCUGCUGGCCACCAAGGAGAUCUGUAAGGAGUUUCUGGACCUGAUGUCUCGAGACCGGACCCCUCUGGGGGGCAGUCGCCCCCCGCCCUGCCUGGAGCCCAGCAUCCAGGGGAGCCUGACCCACUUCAGCCUCCUCACCCACGGCUUUGGCACGCCAGCCAUCUGCGCGGCGCUCUCCGCCUUCCAGAGCUACCUGCUGGAGGCCGUGAAGGUGCUGGACAAAGGCGAGGGUGGGGGGAAGGCCCACCACGACAAGGAGAUGAAGCACCGGAAAUAAAACUCCGCCCUCUCCAGGAAAUCAGAGACUUGACCUCCCACAAGCCCCGCCUCUCCAGAGGGAGGCGGGGCUUACGAUGAUAUUCAUGCCGUGAGGA